CUAGGUUAUUGCGCCCCUAAACCAACGUACUGACAACGCUACCUCCCCGGAACUCAAACUUUAACGAGAGUGUUGUAGAGAUGCCAAGGCUGACAGGGAAGAGGGGAGCUGUGGUAGCGACAGAGGAGAGAAGAGCAGUUGAAGAGAAGAAAGGCCGUACUGAUUCAACAAAUAACAAACCGACGAGCCCUACCAAGAAACUUGGAAGAUCCAUAAUGAUAAAGUCAUCUGCAGGUUCUGGUUCCCUGAAUACUGCGAAAUCAGAAGAAGGGGAUGUCACUGUCAGGAGAACCUCUGCGAGAAAAGCAAAGUUAAAAACAGCCAAAGCAAUUUCAAAAUAUUUCCAAGAGGAUGAGGUUUCUAGCAGUGAAUCACGAAAAGCAGACGCAAAAACCAAAGAAACUGUUUCUAGGUAUUUUGCUGAUGGGGAGAGUGGGUUGAAAUUGGAUGAAAAUUCUAAGACAUUUUUGAAGACUUUGUCUAAAAAAGUUGGUGCAUUGUCAGACAGUGGUUCAGACAGCAGCAGUGAUGAUUACAGCAACUGUGCAUCAAGCAGACCUUCGUCAUUGCCACAGUUUGGACAGAAACCUCUAACUGAAUCAACUGAAUCAAAAAUUGACUCAACGAAAGUUGAAGGAAAUUUCAAUUCUCUCCGUCAUCAUGCAAUUUCUGUUAAAAAACUUCAUGUGAAUUCCCCUACUCUGUCGACGAUUGUUACUAAUUGUGAGCUCAAGGUAGAUAUUGAUUCCGACUUUGAACCUGAUUCAAUCAGUAUUAAUCUGGCUGGUUCCUCGGCCAAAAGGAGAAGUAUGAAAGGAACAUUGAAGGAAGAACGCUUGAACUUGAUGAAAGAAAAGCCUGUCAAAGUACCUAGAUCUAAGACGAAAACAGAUGUUCGGACUCGGCGUGUUGGGAGGGGGAGAAAGUGUGGAGUAAAUGAUGGAACAGAUGGGGAGCAUUCUGGUGAAAUACUUCCACGAUGUAAGAGGCUAAUUGUAAGAGGUGCUAUUACGUCUAAAAAGGGUGGUGCAAAGGCAAAGAGUGGUGUGAGUGAAGGAGGGGAAAAUGUGGUGCUGGGCAAUGCAGAGUUGGACAGUGAUUUCUCUUGUGAUGACAGAGAGAAAGUGGCAAAGCCUAUGAAAAGAAAAAGGCUUGUGAAGAAGAAAGAUGUGUCUGUUAAUGGGAAGACAAGGAAGCAAGUGGUUGCUAGGGGACAAGUGAAGAAGAAGGUUGUAAAGGUGGCACCAGCAGCAGAGUGUGUGAGUGGUGCCAGCUUGGAGGAGGAAGGCAGCUCGGAUAGUGGAGAAGACUGGGAGGAAGUGGCGGAAAUGCCAGGCCAAGUCAAGAACCAGAUACCUGACAAGCCUGUUGAAAUCAUUCUGAAGGACCCUGGACUUCUUGCAAAGAAGAAACGAGGUGUUGACAUAAUGGCACUCUUCAAGAGGCAGUGGAACAAGGCGCAGCGCGAGCAUCGUGUUAUGGUCCACAAGGCUCAUUUGGUGUGUCUCCUUGCUGCAGGAUUCAGAGAGAACGCACUCUGUGGCGAUGACCUUCUCAAGGCCAUAGCACUGUCCUGUCUACCUACGAAUCUUGCCUUAACAAAACCCAAGCAAGCCGAUGUUCGCUUUCUUGAAAUUACGUUAGAUUGGUUCCAAGAAAAAUUUGACCCAGAUGACAACAUUUCAGGUAACACUAACAGUGACAAGAUAACAGAUGCGACUCUUGCAUCGUGCUUCAGAGAGGGACAUGUGGGGACAGAGAAAGUAAUGGUCUUCAUGUUGCUCAUCAUACUCCGAUGUCUCAGGUUUAAUGCGCGACUCGUGGUCUCACUGCAACCGAUUCCUAUCGAACCUCUGUUGGCAAAAAACAAAAAAGCCGCCAUGCGAAACACAAAGGAUUCUGAGUCAUCUUCUGUAAGCCAAUCAGGAAGUAGCACACCUCGUGGGAAUCUGGCCAAGAAAUUAAAACUUAGUGCAGCAGAUAAAGAGAAGACAUCCUCAAAGCAGACGCCAUCUUCAAAGCAGAUGUCAUCUUCAAAGCAAACGUCAUUUACAAAGCAGACGUCUUCAAAGGAGAAUGCUAGAAAGUCGUCUGCCUCGUUACAGGCCAAGAAUAAGAGUAGAAGGAGUCGUGCUUCCAAGAUCAGCAGUUAUAAUGAAGAUGUGGUCGAGAUGGACAGCGACACUCAUGAAGGGUCAAAAUCGACUGGUAAGAGAAACAAGGGCCGACGGGAGAAGAGGAGGACAAGCAAAGUAGAGAUGGAUCUAACUGCAGAAAGCUCGGACAGUGACAGUGAUUUUGAAGUUGUGGGAGAAACAGACCCGAAGCGGAGAUCGACCAAGAGGAAGAAGCAGAAGAUAGUGUCGUCUGGUAGCGAGGAUUCUGUGGAGAUCGUCAUGGUCAAAGAGAAGGAGAGAGGUAUUGACUACUGGUUAGAGGUUUACUUGGACAAGGAAAGGGAGUGGACAUGCGUCAACUGUGUGGAGAUGUGGGCGACGAUAGGUCAAGGGGCAUCGAGAAGGGGAGUGGAGAAAUAUGCCACCAAACCACUGUCUUAUGUAUUGGCGUAUGAUAAUUUUGGUUUCGUUCGUGAUGUAACUUGCCGCUAUGCCAGUUCAUGGUUAAAAAACACGCGUAAGUUACGAGUGGAUGCGGACUGGUGGCAAGAGACGCUUUUACCUUACCAGUGUCCGGAUGAGGCGAGGAACCGAGAAGAAGAUGAAGCAUCACAGGCACUUCUCCUCAAGAAGCCAUUACCAACGAGUGUCGCUGAGUACAAGAAUCACGCACUGUACGCACUCAAGAGACACUUACUGAAAUUCCAAGCGAUCUACCCGGAGUGCGCCAUCCCUGUUGGCUACGUGAGGGGCGAGCCAGUCUAUGCAAGGGAAUGUGUCCAAGAGCUUCAUUCACGAGACAGUUGGAUCAAGGAGGCACGGCUUGUGCGUGUCGGUGAGAAGCCAUACAAGCUGGUGAAGGCGAGGAAGACCAAGAGGUCCCAGUUGAUGAACCCGGAGCAGAAAGAGCAACUCCUGGAGGUGUUUGGCUACUGGCAGACAGAGGAGUAUAUACCAAGACCUCCUGUUGAUGGCAAACUCCCGAAGAAUGAGUAUGGGAACAUCGAGUUGUUCAAGCAGUGCAUGCUCCCCCCAGGGACAGUCCAUCUGCAUCUUCCUGGGCUGAACAAGAUCGGCAAGAAGCUGGGUCUGGACUGUGCCCCGGCGAUGGUCGGCUGGGAGGUCCAUGGUGGCUGGUCUCAUCCAAUGUUGGAAGGUUUUAUUGUGUGUGAGGAGCAUAAGGACAUCUUCCUGGCAGCGUAUGAUGAGGAGGAGGUGAUGAGAAAGGAGAAGGAGAGACAGAAAAGAGAGAAGCGCUCACUUGAGAAUUGGAAGCUGUUGAUACGAGGCCUCCUGAUCCGGCAGAAGCUCAAACAGAAGUACGAUAUGAUCAAAGAUCCAUCAGAGUCUGAAUCAUCUCGGGGGGUGACAAAAGCUAAGGAUAUGGCAGCUGUGUGGCCAGCAUUGCGCCAGAAUGGCCAGGAUAAAAUGGACAAAAGCAACUUGUUCCCAUUCGAAAAACUGUGAGAUGUUGCGAGCAAGCAUCAAUGUUCUUCUUUUGUGAUUUUUUGGUAGAAUUAUUUCAGAAGAUUCUGUAAUGCAUAACCUUGUCACCAGCCAAUGUUUAUUUUUAUAAUAAAAGUACU